CCCACAUCCAUCCCACCACAAGCAACUCUUCUGCAUCAACACACAAUACAACACACGACCCACUCACAGGUCACCACUCCCUCACGCACCGCCUCCCAUCCUUUGCCCCUCUCCUCCUCUCCUCACUCAUCCUCUCCUCCCCCCCGCCGUCUCCCACCCCGCCCCCCUUUGUGUUUCCCCACUCUGAGCCCCCGCCGCCUUCCUCCGCCCGCAACCCACCCAGCCCAGCCAGCCAGCCUCCAUUCCGCCCGCCGGCCUGAUUCAUAAACCUCGAGCCCCGCACUUGCCAACUCGCCAUCAUCCCAUCCUCACCUCCUACUGUUCAUUGCAACCAAAGCUAGCUAUCAGUAACCAAGUAGCCUUCAAGGCUACUGCUCUACCCGGUUUCACCUUUCAACAUGGCGCAGAUCAUCCCCCCGAUCACCUCGCUGCCCGUCGACUCGAAUGCGGCCCCCUCGGUUGAGGACAUCCAGGACAAGCUUCCAUCCAUCUGUGUCGACUACUUGUCGCACAACUGGACAGAAGAGGAUGUGUGGGCCUCUUGGCGUAACAUGACCAGGCACAAGCACGAGAUUGCCAAUGGUGUCCGUCUCGAGAACGCGAGCUGGAGAACGUGGAACAAGCAGCGUAACAAGCUGAAAACCAUCAGCCCAGAGACCCUCAACUGGCUCAAGGACUCGGACGUCACAUGGCUGUAUGGGCCUUUGCACACUGCCAGUGUCGAGCCAGUGCGGCCACUCAAGAUUUCGUCGACAGACGACAGAAUCGGCCUUGACCGCCCAACCGGAGCAAAGAGCAUUCUCAAGCACCGCACGUUAUCCGAGUUGCUCAGCAUCCCCAACCCAUCAUCGCCUGUUCUCGAGGCCACGGAAGACGAUGACUCUUCGGGUGACGAGGAACACCCCCGCAGACCCGGAAUUCCAAAGGCAAAGUCGGAGGUUAAUGUCCGCCGCUCGGUGUCCCUACGCGAUACGCGUCGCCGCUCGCCUUCCACAUUGCGCAAGUCGGGCUCGCCCACCACCGAGGUCCCAUACAAGGACUCUGGCAAGCGUCACAUCUCGUUCAACACAUUUGUUGAGCAAGUCAUUGCACUCGACGAGCCUCUUAUUAGCACACGCGGCAAUGUCGAUUCGGAUGACGACGACAUGCUCGAGAUGCGUUCUAGCUCGUCCAGGCACUCGGGACGCAGCCGCGCUUCGUCUAUUACCUCGUCAACAUCCAUCACCAUUGCAAAGAUUGCUCCCGCAAUGCUCAAGACCACUGGCACAUUUACCACCAACCCCAAUCUGCCAAAGAUGGUCUAUCAGCCCCCGCCCGAGUACCUACCCUCCCCGCAGGAGCAGCAGCCAGUGGCGUCGCCUUUCGACAUCCCUUCGCCCAUCGUCUUGGUGCCCGGCAACCGCUGGAACGCGACCGACGACGAAGACGAGUACAGCCACGGGAGAGACUACUUUGGCGGUCCCGACCUCUCGGGUACCAGCCCCGCUCGCGCUGGAGCGGCGGGCAGUUAUGGCCGCGCACCAGCAGUUCAGCCUCCCCCUGCCCAGCCCAAGUGGCGCCUGCCGAAUGCCUCGCUUGACGCUGCGUCCUCGUCCUCUUCGUCGUCGUCGCUCAACGCGAAUGGCGUCCCGUCGCCCCAGCCUGGCAGGAGUAUUCUCAAGGUCAGGCCACCCACGGUCAACGCUGUCACGCCCGAGCCAGUCUCGCCUCCGGCUCACUUCAACUACAACCCCUCGGUUGCUACGGGUAUUGGAGGCAUGUUUGGCGGAUACGAGGGCUUGCCAGUUGGCUCACCGUCCAACGAGGAGCGCGGCCGGUCGACCUCGACAACCGAGGGCCGUGGUCGCUCGACCUCGCGUGGUGCUGGUUCUUCCCAAUAUGACCGCUCGGCAUCUUCGCGCGGCACGUCGACCAGCUCGUCGAGCUCGGUCUCGCGCUCACCAGUAGACAACACGCCGGUCAAGGCUGCUGCUUCGGCUGCCGCUGCCGCCCAGCCCAAGACCACUACUGCCGGUGGUGACGCCAUGGACGUUGACUACUCGCCUGAGCGCUCAUCUACCCCCACCCCCCACUCUUCUCCCCAAAUUGUCUUCCGUCCGCUGAAAGACACAUCGCCCAACUCCCUUCCCCACCCCUCGUCCAACAAUCGUCUUGGCUCCGCUGGCCUCGAGCCCGAGCUUCCUGUCACCGAGUCGCCCACGUCUGAUGUUGGCGCAGCGUCUGUUGCGUACACCACUGCGCAGCCAACACUGUCGCAGCCAGUCGACGACGAUGACGGAUCUACGCUUAUUGGCCGUGCCACCAACAUUGCCAACACGGCCAAGGACCUUCUCGGUGCCCUCUGGUACGGAGCUCAGGACGACAACAACCGGCCACGGGGUGGCCAGCAAACGGGCCGUCGUCAUGCUCGCGGAGCGUCGCUAGGCUAAACACACAUGCCUCCACAAUCAAAACAACCAUCCAUCACACCACCAGGCCUCGCUUGCAAGAACUUAAUCAACUCGAACAACGCUGUCACUCUCAUGCCCUCAAUGCCCCUUUGUAACAACCCAACACUCACAACAACACACACACACAAUCAAGCAACACGUGUAACCUGUUUCUCUGCACUCUCCAAACUUGCAUCCUCGCUCUCAAGAGCCCCGCCUCCUCACCGCUGUAUCUCGUCAGCGGUACCAUUGGGACUCUGGUCCGCGGUCGGGCGUCCACUUUCAAUCACUCGGCUAGCUACUACUGUCAUGCCGCAGGCUCAUGGUCGGAUAGACACUAGGUCGCGCAGCAUGCAUUGUACGUUGACGACGA